AUGUCAUACGUUCGCAAAUACGGCCGCCCUGACCUCUUCAUAACAUUCACAUGCAAUCCACAGUGGGAUGACAUAAAAACCAAUUUGUUUGAAGGUCAGACACCAACAUACCGCCACGAUAUAACAGAACGUGUAUUUCGACAGAAAUUGAAAGCGCUGAUGGAUAUGAUUAUCAAAUUGCGAGUAUUUGGAGAAGUGCGUUGCUGGAUGUACUCGAUCGAAUGGCAAAAGAGAGGGCUGCCGCAUGCACAUAUAUUGAUAUGGCUGGUACGUAAAAUAACACCGGAUCAAAUUGAUAGCAUUAUAUCAGCUGAAAUUCCAGAUGAAAUUACUGAUCCUGAAUUAUUUGAAGUUGUCAAGAAAAAUAUGAUUCAUGGUCCUUGCGGUGCACUCAAUUUGAAUUCUCCAUGCAUGAUCGAUGGAAAAUGUUCAAAACGGUACCCAAAAGCAUUGACUUCUGACACGAUAACAGGUGAUGAUGGAUAUCCGUUGUAUCGACGUCGGUCUACGGAAAAUAAUGGCCAUACGGUAACUAUUAGAAUACAAAAUCAAAACAUCGAAGUUGAUAAUCGUUGGGUAGUUCCAUACUCACCACUACUGUCGAAAAUAUUUAAGGCACACAUUAACGUUGAGUAUUGCAAUUCGGUCAAAUCGAUCAAAUACAUUUGCAAGUAUGUCAACAAAGGCAGUGAUAUGGCUGUUUUCGGAGUAGCUGCUGACAAUAGUCAUGAUGAAAUUGCUCAAUAUCAAAUAGGACGCUACAUCAGCACUAAUGAGGCUCUUUGGAGAAUUUAUUCAUAUCCGAUGCAUGAACGGUUUCCUGCUGUUGUUCAUUUGGCAGUUCAUCUUAAAAAUGGCCAACGUGUGUAUUUUACCAAUGAAAAUGUUCAAGAGAGAGUGGCACGUCCACCAGCAACAACAUUAACCACAUUUUUUCAAUUGUGCGCAAGUGAUGAAUUUGCCAGAACUUUGCUGUAUUCAGAUGUAACGCAUUAUUACACUUGGACAGCACAAAAAACAUGGCAAUGGCGUAAACAGGGAACAGCAGUUGAUGGCCAUCCAGGUCUUUUCUAUGCAGAAACUAUGGGAAGACUAUACACAGUUCAUCCAAAUAUGGUUGAAUGUUAUUAUUUGCGGCUGUUGUUAGUGAAUGUUGUGGGGCCGCGUUCAUUUGAAGAUUUGCGAACAGUUAAUGGUCAUUUAUGUGCUACGUAUCGUGAAGCGUGUGAGCAUUUGGGUUUACUGGAAAAUGAUGCACAUUGGGAUUUCACUUCAAGAUGCAUCGAUCGCUUCAUUUCCACAUCAAAUACGUAUGCUGUAUGCCAUAAUAAUAUCAACAUGUUUCCCAUCGAAUCCGAUUGA